GCCUUUCGGGACUACAGAUUCAGUCAGGCUAAAUGAAUUUCACUGAACAUACAUAUACUUAAAUUAUAAUCUACACAUCAAAAACAGAAAGUCGCAAGUAGUCAAAGAGAUUUUAAGUGAAGUACCAUUAGAGAAGGCAGCAAGAGCAACCACUCCCCUCCCAGGCCCCUUUCCGAUUCUAGAGCGGCGAGUGGCAAAUGGGAAGAGUGAUAUAGAGACAGAGAGUGUGUGUGAGUAGGACCCUAUGAACGAGAAAGUGAGAAAUAGUGGGAUAGAGAGAGAGAGAGAGAGAGAAAGAGGGAGUAAGAGUAAGAGUGAGAGGGAUAGAACAAGAGUUGUAAGUCCUCUUGACCAACAGAUACGUAAAGAUACACCUGGAGAACACCGCAGACCCGUUCAAUUAGCUCACCCAGGACGAGCUAACUACAGAAUCGGGAAUUUCGUUCUAUUUUAAAAUGGUUAUCAAUCUGAAUCCAACGACGCUGACUAAUGCGAACGGUCACAGCAGCCCAAUGGCCAUCAUUAGCCAUACGGUAAUGGAUGAUAUCGUCUAUAUGCAUGUGGUAUGUCCGGGCGAUGAGAUCUCCAAGUGGGUAACCUUGGAGGAGGCACUGGCCCUAUGCCCGGCGGCAGUCAUUGCCUAUACGCAGCUAACACUGGCGCACCUCUUUGGCACGCCCAUUGAGGAUCAGGAGCCCAGUCUAUUUGACUGAUAUCCGAGGAGUUGUUCGCUGUCGGCGUCUGUCACCUUUCUAUGACUGCUCCCUCUGCUUGAAACCUCGAAACUGCCACCACACUAAUACACGAACACAACAAAAACCUAUCGAUAGCUUAGACAGCAACCGCAGGAAGCAGAUUCACGCAAAUGAGCAGAUAUUUUAAAUUCAAAUUUCCAGCAGAAAUGACAACAGUUCGAAAAUUAAGCCAAAGUUCAAAGUUUCGAUAUUAAAUUCCUCAUGUGCAUAUGUUUACCUUAGAUAUAUGUACGAAAAUCAUUGUUAGCUUAUCAGAUAUUAGUUUAUCAGACAUUAGACACAGGCGCGUUUACAUUAAUAUAUAGACAGGCAGAAGACCCCUUCUUCGAUUAGAACUAAUCAGGCUAAAAUUUCAAGUUUCCAUCUUCUACAUAUAUAUAUAUAUAUAUAUAUAUAUAUAGUUAUAGAUAUACGCAUAUAUAGAUUUAGAUAUAUGUAUAUAGUUUCUUUUCCGUCUUUCAUGCAAGCAAUUUUGAUUUAGUUGGAAAUUCUAUAAAAGUAUACAAGUUGGCGAAUAUUUUCGAGUUGGUUCCUAAGCGUGGUUAUUAUAAAUUCAAUGAGAGCAGUCCAUAUACUAAAUUUAAUAACUAUGUAACUCCAAAUCUAUUAUAUAA